UGUCCCCACCAUCUCCACAAGAAUUUGAACGAGGAAGACUCCCCUCCCUGAUCAUGUCUUUGCCUCCACACAAGAAACCACGCACACAAGAAAGGAAAAAGGUGAGAAAUUUUUUGAAACGUAUUCAAAUCUCUCAUGGCAAUGGCUUCCAAUGCUCUUCAUCACCCUCUUCACCAAUCUAUAUCUCUGAAAUAUCCUCAUCUUUCUCAUAUUUCACGAUUCUCUCCCUCUUGUCUUCGCUUCACCUCCCUCCGGUUUCCCUCUACAAUUCGCGCCACUUCAGCUGUCGCUCUUGAACCGGAGUUAAGCACACAGCAGAAUCAAGCAAUAUUUGCUUGUCCAGUAUGUUAUGAACCUCUAAUAAGAAAAGGUCCUCCAGGUUUUAACUUGCCUGCAAUAUAUCGGUCCAGUUUCAAGUGUAAAAAAUGCACCAAAACAUACUCAAGCAAAGACAACUAUCUGGAUCUUACAAUUACUGCUGGAAUGAAGGAUUACACUGAAAUCAAUCCAGUUAGGACCGAGCUAUUCCGGAGUCCACUUGUUUCAUUCUUGUAUGAACGAGGUUGGCGCCAAAGCUUUAAUCAAAGUGGAUUUCCUGGUCCUGAUGAAGAGUUUGAAAUGGCUCAGGAGUACUUCAAACCUGCCAGAGGGGGUCUUCUAGUAGAUGUAAGCUGUGGCAGUGGCCUGUUUUCUAGAAAAUUUGCCAAAUCUGGAGCAUAUUCAAAAGUUAUUGCACUUGAUUUCUCUGAAAACAUGCUUCGUCAGUGCUAUGAUUACAUCAAGCAAGACGAUACUAUCUCAACAACAAAUCUUGGUCUUAUCAGGGCCGAUGUUUCAAGACUUCCAUUUGCAUCGGGUUCAGUUGAUGCUGUUCAUGCUGGUGCUGCCAUGCAUUGCUGGCCAUCUCCUUCCAAUGCUGUUGCUGAAAUUUGUCGUGUAUUGCGAAGUGGUGGAGUUUUUGUCGGAACCACUUUUCUUCGAUAUAGUUCAACCACUCCACGGAUAGAACGACCUUUCCGAGAGAGGAUUUCGCGGAACUCUAACUUCUUCACGGAGGAGGAAAUUGAAGACUUGUGCUCAACAUGUGGUCUUACAAACUACUCAAAGAAAGUUCAGCAAACGUUCAUAAUGUUCUCUGCUCAGAAGCCAUGAAGCAAGGUUUAGUUCAUUUAGACACAAUUCUCCCUGGACUUGACAUUGACAUAUCCGGUGCUGGUUUGGUAUAUAAGAUAUUUCAAUUGUAUAGACUUUUUAAAUAAACAAGACCUAAAAGGUGAUAUAACCUGGGGAGAUGCAAAGUGCCAUUGUUAAUAAAAAGAAGUCUAUAAUUACUGUCUGGUUUAUAUAUAUAAUGAUUCGACCCCUGCUUUGAACUUCA